CAUCAUCAAUGAUCAAUAUUAAUAAUCAACAGGAGCAACAACAACAACAACAAUCUGAUUCGAAUGAUGAUCAAACCAUGAAGAAUCCAUCGCAACAACAGCCACAGCCUCCACAACCUGAAAUUGAUUAUGAAAAAUUACGUGCAUUUCAUUUUAUACAUCCACCAGAAUGUCCAAUAUUUCGGCCUACAUAUGAAGAAUUUAGUCUUGGUCCAAUCGAUUAUAUCAGUAAGAUUCGUUCGAAUGCAGAACCAUUUGGUAUAUGUAAAAUUAUUCCGCCUAAGGAAUUUCAAGUACCAUUCGCCAUUGAUCGUAAUGAAUUUCAUUUUACACCUCGUACACAACGUAUUAAUGAUCUGGAAGCUGGUUCACGUAUCCGAUUAAAUUUUACGGAUAAAUUAUGUAAAUUUUGGAAUCUUCAAGGCAUUACGUUGCGUAUACCGACAAUUGAGAAAAAAUAUCUGGAUGUUUAUCGUUUACAUUCAGUGGUUAAAGAUGAAGGUGGUUUUGAAAUAUGUACACGUGAUCGUAAAUGGGGUAAAAUUGCUACACGUAUCGGUUAUCAGAAACAUAAUUCAACAUCAUUACGUACAUAUUAUGAACGUUAUUUAUUUCCAUAUGAUGUAUUCUUGAGUGGUGCAACAACCAAUCCGGAGAUGAAAAAUCCGGAUAUAAAACCGGAGACCAACAACAACAACAACAAUGGCCAUUCAAAUGAUAAUGAUGAUAAGACAAAAUUGAUGGCUAAUAAUACUUCAAAUAAUGAUCUCAAUAAAAAUGGAACUACGACAACAACAAUCGUAGAUGAUGUCAAUAAAACAGAAACAGAAGAAGAUGAUUAUGAUGAUAUUGAUGAUGUGGAUAAAUUCUGUUUCAAUUGUUAUGAUAAUUAUCAAUCAUAUUCAUUAUUGACGUGUCAUAAAUGUCGAAAUUCAUUUCAUAAAACCUGUCUGAUACCACCGUUUAAUGAUAUUCCAAAAGGACAAUGGCAUUGUCAUUCAUGUUUAUCAACCAUAUUGGAACGGCUACCAAAAACCUACACAAGUGAAUUUGGUUUUACACAAUCACCGAAAACUUACACAUUACGCGAAUUUGGUGAAAUGGCCGAUAAAUUUAAGGAAAAUUAUUUCCGUUGUUCACCACCAACAAAUGUACGAUGUUCGGAUUUAGAAAAAGAAUUUUGGCGUAUCGUAUCGACACCAUUUGAAAAUGUUGUCUGUGUUGAAUAUGGUGCUGAUCUUUAUACAAAUGAUUAUGGUAGUGGAUUUCCAACCACUAAGAAUAGUGCAUCCAUUCCAGAUGAUAAAAAGUGUUAUAUAAAAUCUCCUUGGAAUCUAAAUAAUCUACCAACAUUAUAUGGAUCAGUAUUCGAACAUAUUAAUACGAAUAUCAACGGAAUGAUCAUACCAUGGAUGUAUGUAGGAAUGUGUUUCUCAGCAUUCUGUUGGCAUAAUGAAGAUCAUUGGACAUAUUCAAUUAAUUAUCUGCAUUGGGGUGAACCAAAAAGUUGGUAUGGUGUACCGGGUAAUAAAGCUGAAAUAUUUGAAUAUGCAAUGCAACAAUUGGCACCGGAUCUAUUUAGUUCACAACCGGAUCUUUUACAUCAUCUGGUUACUACUUGUAAUCCUAAUCUUUUAAUGAAAUUGGGUGUUCCUAUUUAUCGAGCCGAUCAAAGAGCAGGAGAAUUUGUUGUCACAUUUCCACGUUCUUAUCACGCUGGUUUUAAUCAGGGAUUUAAUUUUGCCGAAGCAGUAAAUUUUGCCACAGCCGAUUGGUUACCAACUGGUCGUCUAUCCAUAGCACAUUAUUCGGCAUUUCAUCGAUAUCCAGUAUUUAGUCAUGAUGAGCUUAUAUGUAAAAUGGCCGAUGGUUGUAAAGAUUUGAACACCUGUUUAGCAUUGGCAACAUAUGAUGAUUUAAAAGAAAUGAUCAAAAAUGAAAUGCAUUUACGACAUAAAAUCUUUACUAUUGGCGUUAUGAACACGGAAUAUUUUUCAUUUGAAACAUUCAAAGAUGAUGAAAGACAAUGUGAUUAUUGUAAGACUACCUGUUUUUUAUCGGCCAUCAAAUGUAAUUGUAAACAUGAUGAUGGUAAUCUACGUCUUGUAUGCGUUAAUCAUUAUGAAAAUCUAUGUCAAAAAUGUCCAUUGGAAAAAUUCAUACUACUUUAUCGAUAUCGUAUGGAUGAAUUGAAAAUUAUGGAACGUGAAUUAUAUAGAUAUAUUUUACAGUUACAAUCAAUUGCCUGAUAAAUCUGAUCAAUCAUAUAUGAAAUAAUAAUUCAUCGAUCAUCAUUUAUUUAAUAAAUUAUAAACAUUAUGUUUUUGUAUUCGACAUAUAAUAGACAAACCCUAUUCACAUUCACAAACGCACACACA